AUGCGCUUCGCUUCUGGGGUCGUGGAGCUUCCUGUUUUGCCAAAAUCUAAUCCCAUCAGUAGUUCUGGCCGAUCGGAGUUGCAGAUUCUUGUAGACAACGUUGUGCGCGACUUACCCUCAUUCGAGAAACACACAUCAUUGCUCGUUUCGUAUAUGGACAAACAUCAGCAAGAGACUGGAAGAUUAGAAGAGUAUUUAAGAACAGUGCCCUUAGCUCCGCUGGUACGUGAAUUUAUGGAGAAAUGCCGUGCUGGUCGAUUAAAAACAGUCGGUUGUGUAACUGAGCAGCAAGCAGUUUCGGCUGCACAGAAUUUGUUCAUCUCGCGAUCUCGAUUCGAAUCGAUGCGGCAAGGUGGACGAGGAUCAGUUGUUCUUCCUGCUCCAUUGGCAGAUUCUCCUGCUGCUGCAGUUUUGCAAGCAAGGGAUAUAAACGCAGAUAGCUUUACCAGCGAGGCAGCCAUACCGGUCCCGGUUACAUUGAAUGAGACAAAAGCCAAACUGGGGGUGACAUCUACUGCACAGAAGAAACGACGCACAAUGGACUCCGCCACUCAUACUGAGUUACGGUCCCGAUUAGCGGGUCUAGGAGCGGAAUGA